AAUGCUUCGUAUCUUUUCUCUGUUUCACUAAACUGAUAAAUAAAUAAAAAAGAAUUAAAGUUUACACUAAAUUGCUUUAUCUUCAUAAUAAUUUUAAUUUUACAUUAAUUAUAAAAAUAAUAAGCUUUAAAUUAAUUUGAUAAAAUUUGAACAUCAUACAAACUUUAUACGUUAAUGCAAAUUUUCUUUAAUAUGCUCUUUAUUAAUUUUAUUCAUUUGUAAAAUAUAUAACUAUAUAUUCAAUGGGACGAAAACAAAUUAUAAUCUUCUUCUUUUAGAACAAGCAUGAGCGUUAGAGCCGGGCAUUGUUGGUCUCCCUAACGUUGGUAAAUCAACUUUCUUCAAUGCUGUUGUUGAGAAUGGGAAGGCACAGGCUGCUAAUUUUCCGUUUUGUACAAUAGAACCAAAUGUUGGGAUUGUUGCGGUUCCAGAUCCUUGACUCCUUGUUCUUUCUGAACUCGGCAAGUCUCAAAAGAGCUGUCCCUGCUUCUAUUGAGUUUGUUGACAUUGCUGGUCUCGUUAAAGGUGCCAGUCAAGGGGAGGGAUUAGGAAAUAAAUUCUUAUGGCAUAUUCGGCAGGUGGACUCCAUUCUUCAGGUUGUAUGCAGUUUUGAAGACAAUGACAUUGUUCUUGUGAAUGGAAAAGUUGAUCCUAAGACAGAUAUUGAUGUUAUCAAUUUGAAACUAGUUUUCUCAGAUUUAGAUCAGGAGGAAGCAGAAAAUUAUGCCUUGGAAAGGAUUCAGCAGGCACUUAUGGAUGGAAAACCGGCACAAUCAGUUGCAUUAAUGACUUUGAGAAGGGUGCUGUGAAACAUCUUUGCUUGUUGACAAUGAAACCAAUCAUAUAUGUGGCCAAUGAAACCAAUCAUAUAUGUGGCCAAUGUUGCAGAAUCUGAUCUCACUGAGCCUGUAAAUAAUCCCCAUGUUAAUGAAGCAGUGAAUCUUGCAUCCUAAGGAAUUGUAACAAUUUCUGCAAAGGUUUGGUGAUACUUUUGAAAAGCAUAUUCACAUGCAUCUAUAGGAGAUUAUAUAUGUGGAAUCAUUGAUCGUGAGUAUGAAAUAUAGGCUUUUUUUCGUUGCCACCUGUUUAUAAACAGAUGUCUUGUUCUUAAUAGGUAUCCUAUGAUAAUUUUGUUGCCGUUGGUUCACUAGCAGCAGCAAGGGAAAAAGGACUUGUAAGUUGCUUCAUUGCUACUAGCCUAUAAGGUCUUUUACAUAAUAAAUUUCUUGAAUGGUACAUGCUCAAUACCUUGCAUAAGUUUUACUUAUGCAAUCAGAAAAGGAAAAUUGUUUUGCAUUCAUUUAUUUUUCUUCAAAUGGUGAAACUCUUCCUAAGUUCUCCUAUUCCCCCUUCCAGCAAAACCUACUUCAAAAAUUGGUUUGGAGUGGAGACAUUAACCUUGAAUUCGAGGGGAAAGUAGGGACAUCAUUUCCAUGUGCCAUUGCUCUUUUAGUUUUCUAUUGAGUAAUAUGCUUGUUUUUUUCUAGGUUAAAAACUUAGGCUGUACAAGCUAAGGCCGCAGCCUUAGCAUCUAGUCUGUGAAGAAUGAGUGCCUAGUUGCAAUGAGUAGGUUGCUACACUCCUCCCUUAAUCACUGCCUCUUCACUCUGUACUUGUCUCAAUUUAUAUUUUUCCUUUACUCUCACUUCCAAUUAAUCCAUUGUAUGCUCAAAAUUGUCAACUUCUACCUUCUUUUUUUUCAUAUUUUCCCUCAUUAUCCUUUUAUUUCCUACAUAUUGCAGCUGUCUCUUUACAACAUUCAGCUAUAUUAUUUCUCUGUAUCUGUCUCUCUCUCUCUCUCUGUAAUAUUUAAACUUUCUGCAGCUGAGAUCUGAGGGUAAAGAUUACGUAGUACAAGGAGAUGUAAUACCGCUUCGUUUCAAUGUUUGAUGACUUUAUUUUUGAAGCUGAAGGCAUUCCAUCACUCCUUUGCCUUCAAAGCACUGAACAAGAUAUGUAUACCUCCCAUGUUUUGUAUUUUCAGCAGUCUAAUAUCAUGUCCAAAGUCGGGUAAAUAGUAUAGGAUUGAAAUUCUUCUUUUACUGGCCCAAAAAAAAAAAUUCUUCAUUUACCAUUACUAAAACAAGAGAUAUAUGCAGAUAUUCAUCUGCUCAAGGACUUGUCUGUUUAUAAUUCAAAAGUAAACAGAGGGAAAACAAAAUCCCCCCCCCCCCCCUUUCACCUCAAGGUUCUGACUUUAUUCACCUAUGAAUAUAUGCCCCUAUAUUUUGGGGCAUCAUUUCCUUUUACUUGUGAUCUUGCCCUUAAAGAGAAAUUUUAGCGAACUAUAUCCGGUACUUUGUUGCAUUUUACAAUACUACUUGGAAGGUAGCAUGUUUUUCUUUGUUGCACAAAACAUAUUUGCUGAUCUAUCAAUAUAAUGGCUAAAGGCCUAAGGAUCUGGAUGGAGCUGAACUUCAUGUCAUUUUAUUUUCUUCAUAUUUCAUCUUCUCCUAUUUGAAUCGAGGGAACAAAAGGUGAGUGAACAUGACUUCAUGCCCUUAUCUUUGCACCCCAUAAUUGUUCCUAAGUUUCAGCAACCAGGGCAAACAGUAUGAAAACAAGAGUUUACUUGUAUCAUUCUUGAAUUAAAUCAAUGAAGAUCAUCAUUUCAUACUUAAUGAAGUGGUAAAAUAGAUUAGAUGUCCUUGUCUCCAACAGAUAGUCCUAAGGUUAAUGGAAAUGUCUUAUUCUUGGCCUUGUUUUAAAACUUUGAUUGAUGUAAUAGAUCAAUGCUUUUGCUUCUAAGCAAGUGAAAGUGAGAAUUCCUAGUUGUUUUCACUUUGAAGCUAAGGUGGAAGUUCCUGUCUCCUACAUCCUGGACCCGGGUCAUAUUGCAACUUGUUUGUUUUUUCUGUCUUAGGAAAUCAUGAUACUUCGCUGUCGACGACCUGAAAUUCAAUAAUGUGGUGUGGGAUGAAAGAUUCGGUCUUUGAACCAUCAAUUGCUUUCCCAAAUUUCCUUGUCAAGAAAGAGAUUUAGUAGUUGCAUAUCUGCUUCGCUUUCCCCGUCCAUGUCUUGAAUCAAUUCUAUGCAUUUUUAGUUGUUUACAUAGCGGGCCAAUUUGUAGAAUUGUCCUCAUCAUUCAUUUGAGGGAAAAAAAAAUGUCUUAUUUUGUUGUUACAUGCUUUUUCUUUUAUCAUCUUUAAGUAGAUUUGUUCAUGAGUUGAAUUGUACCAAAUUUAAUUGAUCUUUUAAAUGAUUUAUUUCAGGUUUGAUUCAGACCAACCAAAUAAAUUUAGAGUCUCAAAAUUUUUUUUAAAUGAUAGUAUGGUAAUAGGCAAACAGAAAAUAAUUCAAGAGAUGGAUGAUUGAAUUCCUAACAUGCAACUUCCUAAAUCGACAAGGAAUGGGUUACUUCACACUACAGCUAGUCUAAUUGUAUUAUAUAUAUUGAUGGAACCAAACAGGGUUUGGGCCCCCAUAUUCGAGAAAUGGUGUUAACAAUAUUGCUAGACAAAAAAUUUUUAUGUCCAGACGAAAUUUGCCUUUGGUUUUUCUAUGUUCUAAAUUUUUAUUGUAAAGAAAAGAUUCAAACCUAAUUUGUUUAAGCAUGAAAUAUAUGCAUUUAUCAUUUGAAAAUUUUAUACAUAUAUAUUUGUUUUCUUCCAAUUAGGUUUCAAAAAUUUGUAUUCUCGUGUCUCCAA